UUCAGUACGUUUUUGUUACUCGGACGGCGAACAACGCGGCGCGCUUGCGUCUGGACAGCAGCUCUCAAAACUUGGGAAAGUGUUUUCAAAUAUCGUUUCUGAUCGUCGCGCAGGCAGACGUCGAGCGAAAGAGCGAGCGAGCUUGAAACAAAUGACGAGAGCAAUUACAAGGUGAAACGGCAAUAGACAAAAAGAGAAAGAGUGCAAAGCGUGAACUGCAACAACACCGAGCAGAGAGCAAGCAGAGCAAAGGAAGGAGACAAACGCAAACGGCAAAAUGCAUCGAUGCUGCUGCAGUUGGAGGGCGCUGACGUCGCUGCUUUUGGCGGCGUUGCUGAUGGCGGUCGUAAGGUCAGAGGAAUGCGGCCAGGAGGAGUUCACCAAGUGCGCCGAGCCACUUGAAAUGCUGCAUUUAACGUCGGAAUUUUCGAUUGGCGCUGCCAAGAAGGACGAAUUGGAUAAACUUUGUCAUGAGCUGCGCAAGGGCGUGCGCUGCAUCCAGAGCUAUACGCGUCGCUGCAUGGAUUUGCAGCAGCGAAACCAGUUCAACAAGCUGUAUCAUGGCACCAAUCAGUUCAUACGAGAUCUCUGUAACAAAGGCGAGUUCCAGGAGGAGUAUCUGAAGCACGCGCCCUGCUCGGAAAUGGCCAAGAAGGAUUUCGAGGUGUGUGCCAAUCGCUACAAGGAGACCAUGGUGUUCCUCAAGCCCAACAAGAACCAGGAGAGCUCCGAGAACGGCACGCUGAACGAGAACAUCAAAACGAUUUGUUGGUGAGUGCAACACGUGAUGUUUUUUAUAAUCUUUCAUAUUUAAUCGCUUGGCAUUCACUUUGCGCUGAAUCAGCUUUAUAUGAUCUACUCGCUGAUAAUCCCCCAGCACAA